AUGCAUGGGAACAUGGUUGUAGGACUUCCGGUGAUGGAUGAGAGAGCCAUCAUCUUGGAUAGCAUUUUAUACCUUCUGUGCCUGGUGGCCGUGGUGAGCAACAGCUUCAUCAUUGCAGCCCUGGGCAUGCAGUGGUUGCUACAGAGAUCACUGUUGUCUUGUGAUAAGUUACUGAUCAGCCUGGUGGCCUCCCGCUUCUAUCUGCAGUGGGUGGUGAUCAGUGAGAGAAUUUAUAUUUUCCUGUACCCAAAGGCCUCCGCGUACAACCCUGUAUUCCAGUUCCUAGCUUUCCAGUGGGACUUCUUAAACACUGCCACCUUCUGGUUUUCCAGCUGGCUCAGUGUCUUCUAUUGCGUGAAGAUUGCAACGCUCACUCACCCGGUUUUCCUCUGGCUCAAGCGGAAGGUGUCUGGGCUGGUUCCAUGGAUGCUGCUCAGCUCGGUGGGGUUCUCUAGCUUGAGCACCAUCUUUUUCUUCAUAGGCAACCAAAGCAUAUAUCAGAAUUAUUUAAGGAAAGGUCUGCAGUCUCAGAACGUCACUGGGGAUACUGGGAGGAGAAUCUAUGAGAAAUUCUACUUCUUUCCUCUAAAAAUUGUUACCUGAACAGUUCCUACCAUUGUCUUCCUCUCUGGCAUGGUUUUGCUCAUCAUGUCUUUUGGAAGACAUGCCAGGAAGACCUUCCUGUCCAUCUCAAGCUCUCCUGACCCUGGUGCUCAGACGCACAUCAAGGCUUUUCUCGUCCUCAUCUACUUUGUCAUUCUCUUCACCUCCGCUUUUCUGUCGCUGGUGCUAAACGCUGCAGGUAUUUUCCCAUCUCAGGAAUUUAAGUGGAAGGUGGUGAUUUACUUGUGCACAGCGGUCCACCCCAUCAUUCUACUGGUGAGCUACCCCAAGCUGAGGGCUGCGCUGGAGAGGGGCUGCUCCUUAAGCUGUGGAGCAUCUUGA